CUGAUAUCAAAGAAACUUUAGAAUAAAAUAUUAUUUUUUGCUCAGUCUCGAUUUAAAUUUUCGAAAGUCAAAAAGUGUCUUAGACACAGAAAAAUUUAUAAAUGCUUAAUCGAAGAUAUACGUUCGACGGUCAACCAAUAUAUUUACUUGGCGAGCAUGCAUCUGAACUGCAUAGACAAAUAGAAAUUCAAGAUUUUUAUACUUUACGACAGCAGUAUGUCAAUUCAGGGAAUUUAUUUGAAGAUCGUGAAUUUCCUGCAGAAGAUAAAAGUCUUUUUUACUCACGCCCUGCGGAUAGGCGAUAUAAAUGGCUGAGGCCAUCUGAAAUCUGUAAAAAUCCUAGUUUUUUUGUAGAAGGAUAUUCUCGAUUUGAUGCUCGACAGGGUGAACUUGGUGAUUGCUGGUUUCUUGCUGCAGUAGCAAGCUUGACUCAAGAUGAAAAAUUAUUUCAUAGAGUUGUAUACGAUGACAAUAGCCUUACUGAAAAUUAUGCUGGGAUUUUUCAUUUCUGCUUUUGGAGAUUCGGAAAAUGGGUUGAUGUGGUCAUUGAUGAUCGAUUGCCAACAUAUAAGGGACAACUAGUUUACAUGCAUUCACCUAAAAAGGAUGAAUUUUGGUCUGCAUUGCUCGAAAAAGCUUAUGCAAAAUUACAUGGAAGUUAUGAAGCACUUAGAGGUGGAAACACAAGUGAAGCAUUAGAGGACUUUACAGGUGGAGUUUCUGAAAGAUUUCAUCUCGGAAAAGCUCCAGCAAAUCUUUACAGCAUCAUUGAAAAGAGAACAAAGAGAAAUUCUAUGAUGGCUUGCUCCAUUGAUCCUAAUCCACAAGUUAUUGAAGAUAAGACUGCUCAAGGUCUAGUGCGUGGACAUGCUUAUGCAAUAACAAAGGUUCAGAUGAUUGAUAUUGUUACACCAAAUACUAGUGGAAAAAUACCAUUGUUGCGUUUAAGAAAUCCUUGGGGCAAUGACAUUGAAUGGACUGGAGCUUGGAGUGACAAAUCUGCUGAGUGGCGCUAUAUCCCAGACUAUGCAAAGAAACAAAUUGGAUUGACCUUUGAACAUGAUGGAGAAUUUUGGAUGUCUUUCAAAGAUUUUCUCAGAAAUUUUGAUAGCUUAGAUAUUUGUAAUUUAUCACCUGAUUCAUUUGAAGAUGAUCAAGAGAUGAAAACUCCAAGAAAGAGACAAUGGAAUAUGAAUGUUUAUGAAGGUCAAUGGGUACCGGGAAUAACAGCAGGUGGUUGUAAAAAUUUUCUUGACACUUUUCAUCGUAAUCCACAAUAUGUCAUGAAAUUAGAAGAUCCAGAUGAAGAUGAUGAUAUUGAUAAGUGUACAGUCAUUGUAUCAUUAAUGCAGAAGUACCGCAGAAUGAAAAGAAGUAUAGGGCUAGACUUUCUGACAAUUGGAUUUGAAAUUUAUCAAGUUCGCGAGACUGACUUAGACCAAAAACCACUGAAGAUGAAUUUCUUCAGAAAUAAUCGAAAUGUAGCAAGAACAAAUGAGUUUAUAAAUCUACGUGGAGUUUUUGGACGUUUUGAACUGUCACCUGGAAAUUACUUGAUAGUUCCAUCAACAUUUGAACCAAAUAUGGAAGGAGAAUUUUUAAUUCGUGUCUUUUCUGAAAGCAAGAAUGUUUUUGAAGAAAAUGAUGAGACAGUAAGAUUAGGAGAUGUCGAUAGAAGAGUAAUUGGUGAUCUUCCAGAUGUUAAAGCUCCUACUGCUGAGUGUUUGACGAUUGAGAAAUUAUUUUAUGAUAUAGCUGGUACUAAUCUCGAAAUCGGAUGGAUAGAGUUGAAACAAGUUUUAGAUCAAUGCAUUAGAAAAGAACUCAUGAAGGAAGGCAGAAAAGUCACAUUCACAAGUGGAUAUCCCUUAAAUUCAGAAGCUAAAGAAAUUAAUUCAAAUGAAAUCAUUGAAAGGCCUUUCCAAAAUUUUAUGAAAAUCAUCCGUGAAAUAUUUUGUUUCGGACAAAAAAGAACUGAAACUCAUAUCCCAGAAAGUGGUGCAGUCGAAGGAUCUAAUGUUCAAUUGUCUCCUUCAGUUACACAAAGUGGUAUCGAAACUGGAUUUUCAAAAGACAUGUGUCGCUCAAUGGUUGCAAUGCUGGACAUUGACAGAUCUGGAAAACUUGGAUUAGAAGAAUUCAAGACAUUACUGUACGAAAUUGCCAAAUGGAAGGCUGUGUUCCAACUCUAUGACAAAGACCAAAACAAUAAACUCGAUACUAAUGAGCUUCGCGAUGCUCUAGAAUCAGCUGGUUAUCGUCUUAAUUACCAAAUUCUGACCUCACUUCUCUAUCGCUAUGGAUCUCCCGACAAUACAAUGUCUAUUGACGAUUUCAUCAUGUGUGCAGUCAAAGUUAAAACAAUGAUUGAAAGAUUUAAGGAAAAAGAUCAUCAUAAUAGAAAUACUGCGACAUUUACAGUCGAUGAAUGGAUUGCGAGAGCUCUUUAUUCAUAAGAUUGAUUUAUUGUGCAGUGAAAUUUAAAUUUGUUACUCGGUUUUGUUUGCUUGUUGACUGAUUUUACAUUUUUGUUGUUUUUGCUAAUACAUGAUAUACUCUUAAAAGUGAAUUUUGAGAAAAAUCUCUUGUUUAAAUAGGUUUGAUAAGGAGAAUAUUCACUAAUGACUUUGUAAUCUAUUCAGACAAGUGUCAAUUUUAUGUGGGAACUGUUACUCAAUCAAUAAUUAUCUCGAAUUUUUACUACAGUGUUGAUAACAAGAUGACCUUAUUUAAAGAUCCAAGCCUGAAUCAUCCAGUAAAACAUCAUAUUAAAAUCAAUAAAAAAUUUUAGUCUGCUAGUGUCGUCAUUUUAUUAAAGACAAGAUUGACUAGAUAAGAUUUGAUAAUGUUUUAAGGAUCGUACAAAAUAUUUAAUUGGCUGCGAAUUAUGUCUGACAGAAAAUCAAUCUAUUUUUAUGACUUUACUGUGAUUUAUAGUUCAGUUAAUACUAUUAUAAUAUUAUAACAGCCAUAAAGCUCAAUGAACAUUUUAACGACUGAUCAAAUAAAUCCUCUAAAUUCUUGUUUAAGGAAUUUUAAAGAUCUCGUCAAAAUAGCCUUUAGCACACAGUCAUAUCCCAUCCUAACCUCCAAUCCAACGCAUAUUAACAUAUUCUGCAUGUGGGAGUCAAGUGAUAUCAUUUCAUUGAUGCAUAAAUAGGACAAAAUUAAUUCAGAGAAUGACAAACAAUGAACAGAUCAACAAGAUAACUUUGAGUAAUAAAUCAAAAGCCAAAAGGAGUGGCUUCUAACGCAUCUAUUAAUUUUCUCAUGGCGAAUCUCAAAAAGUUUUUUUUUCUUAUUUAUUGAUUCCAAAUUUUGCAUUUUAUUGGCAUCCCAAAAAAAUUAAAAUUCCUUAAAAUAAACAUUCAAAGCAACAAAGUCAAUGCCAUACUUAGUCAAUUUUCAUCACGUAGGUUGCCCAUCAGCUGUUUGCAUGAUGUCCAUCCAUUCUAAUUGACCUACAAAAUCAGAUUGCGCAAUUUAAAAAAAACACACUGGGAAGCAAUUUCCAUAAUGCAACAGACGCUGUGUCUCAUCUUAUUAUCCGCACAAAUUGUCAAAUUAUUCGUGUUAAUGGUUUUUUCAAGAUAAAAGUAAUUACCAAUAUGCGUACAAUUGUUAAUAUGUUUGCCAAACUCAUUUAAAAGUCUAAAUAUUAUUAUGGUAUGCUAUAAUUCAUUCACGUGCUGUGAAAAGCUAUGUAAAUUUGAAAGAUAAAUCAGAUGGGCUGCUCCUUAAGUGGUUAUUUUUUUUGCAAGUUUUUUCACCUUGCUUGAUGAAAUUUAUGUUACAAAUCUAACGAUUUUAUUCAUCUUCUAAAUUCAAACUAG